AUGCUUCCAAACGACUUUAGUUUGCUUUCUAAUGUUUCUACCGGUUAUAACUUCAAUGGGAGUUUCCACUUACUCACCCAUGACUUCUUCUAAGAACACUUGUCUGUUUCUCUUCCUCUUGCUGUGUUCAUUACUUUCUUUGAAGAUCUCUGCAUCACCCAGAACUCAAGCUGAAGCCCUCGUCAGAUGGAAGAACACCUUCAGUUUUCAACCUUCUUCUCUCUCAUCAUGGUCACUUUCCAACGUCAACAACCUCUGCAACUGGACUUCCAUUGUUUGCGACUCCGGAGGAACCGUUUCCCAGAUAAACCUCUCAGCAGCAAACAUCACCGGGGUUCUCACUGAAUUCAACUUCACUGAAUUUGAACCUCUCACUCGCUUUGACAUCAGCAGCAACAAUUUCGAUGGAGAUAUUCCUUCUACCAUUGAUAGUCUCUCCAACCUAGCUUACUUGGAUUUGAGCUCAAACUUAUUUGAAGGUAUCAUUCCUACGGAGAUGGCACAGUUAACGGAGCUUCGGUAUCUUAAUCUUUUUAAUAACUAUCUCAAUGGUACCAUCCCUCAUCAGCUCAGCAAUCUUCAAAAGGUAUGGUACUUAGACCUUGGAGCAAACUUGUUGGAGUCCCCUAACUGGUCUAAAUUUUCACCCAUGCCUUUGUUGCGACACCUUAGUCUUCCCUACAAUGAACUUCAUUUGGGAUUUCCUUCUUUUGUAUUAACUUGCCGGAACUUGACUUACCUUGAUUUGUCGCUGAAUAAGUUGAGCGGCCGAAUACCAGAAAUGAUGUUUACAAAUCUGGCCAAUCUUCAAUAUCUCAACCUCACUGAUAAUCUAUUCCAGGGACCAUUGUCUUCAAAUGUUUCCAAGCUUUCCGAUCUCAUACAACUUCGUGUUGCCAAUAACAAGUUGAGUGGUCCGAUUCCUGAGGACAUAGGGUUGUUGUCUGAGCUCCAAAUGAUUGAAUUGUUUAACAAUUCGUUUAGUGGGCAAAUUCCAUCUUCUUUAGGCCAGCUCAAAAAGCUUCAGAAGCUUGAUCUCCGAAUCAAUGCCUUAAACUCUACCAUACCUUCUGAGCUUGGCCAUUGUACUAACCUUACAUACUUGGCCUUAGCUAUAAAUUAUCUCAGCGGGGAGUUGCCUAUUUCUUUGUCAAAUCUGAUCAAAUUAACUGAAUUGGGUUUGUCUGAUAAUUUACUCUCUGGGGACAUCUCACCUAGGCUCAUUUCAAAUUUGACGGAAUUGGUCUCCUUGCAACUUCAAAACAAUUCCUUCACAGGGAAGAUUUCACCAGAAAUUGGCUUAUUGAUACAGCUUAAUUACCUUUGCCUGUAUAAAAAUAAGCUCUUGGGCCCUAUUCCUUCUGAGAUUGGAAAUUUGAUUAACCUAACCAGAUUAGACCUUUCUGAAAACCAGAUUUCAGGUCCAAUUCCGAAAACAUUGUGGGAUCUCACAAAUCUUCUAGUCUUAAAACUUUUCUCCAAUAAUCUCACUGGCACUAUUCCACCAGAGAUUGAAAAUUUGGCUUCUUUGGUUACUUUUGAUGUCAGUGCCAACCAACUGUAUGGAGAGUUGCCAGUGAACAUUUCUCGCCUUCCUUCUUUAAGGUCAAUCUCUCUGUUUACCAAUAACUUCUCUGGCAGCAUUCCUAGGGAAUUUGGGAAGUAUAGUCAGUUGACCUAUGUAAGCUUCUCUAACAACAGCUUCACCGGAGAAUUGCCACCCGAGUUGUGCAGUGGUUUUGCUCUCGAAAAUUUUUCAGUGAAUGGUAACGACUUCACUGGAUCAUUGCCCGCUUGUUUGGCCAAUUGUAAGAACCUUAGUAGAGUCCGACUUGACAGCAAUAAAUUCACAGGUAAUAUCACAGAAGCAUUUGGAGUUCACGAAAAGCUUGAUUUCAUUUCUUUAAGCGAAAAUCAAUUUAUUGGUGAAAUCUCCCCUGUAUGGGGAGAGUGCAAAAAUCUCAGUAAUCUGCAGUUGGACAGAAAUAGAAUCUCUGGAGGUAUCCCUUCUGAGCUGGGGGGUUUGAGCCGAUUGGGAGUUCUAAGCCUAGACUCCAAUGGACUAACAGGGGAAAUUCCGAAUGAAUUAGGGAAGUUAGGCAGAUUGUUCAAGCUCAAUUUGAGUAAUAAUCACUUGACAGGAGAGAUCCCUCGUAGUGUGACCAAUUUAAGUAUGCUUGAGUAUCUUGAUUUUGCAAAUAACAAUUUGACCGGAGAUAUACCUGAAGAACUUGCAAAUUGUGAAAAAGUUUUGAGCUUAGACCUGAGCCACAAUGAUUUAUCCGGUGAAAUACCACCUGAGCUUGGCCAUUUGUUCGGACUGCAGUACAUGUUGGACCUCAGCAGCAAUUCACUCUCUGGUACAAUUCCCCAAAACCUGGGAAAGCUUUCGAGACUGGAGAAUCUCAACUUGUCGCAUAACAAACUCUCUGGGAGUAUUCCGGCGUCGUUUUCUAGCCUGAUAAGUCUACAUUCAAUUGAUUUCUCGUGCAAUGACUUAACUGGUGAAAUUCCAAGUGGCAGCAUUUUCCAGAACGCAUCUGCAGAUGCUUUUGUUGGAAACACUGGUUUGUGCGGAGAUACAGCAGGAUUAACAUCUUGUAAUGUACUAUCCGGCCCCGGAAAGUCCACAGACCAUAAAAAGAAGGUUCUUAUAGGUGUCACUGUUCCUCUAUGUAGCCUGUUGCUUGUAAUCAUAAUUUCUGGAGUUCUGAUUUAUAAGCACAAAACCAAACUCAAUGAUAAGGAGACGAAAAGCAGUCAGAGGCGUGAUAGUUCUGAAUCAUUAAUAUGGGAGAGGGAAGGGAAGUUUACUUUUGGGGAUAUUGUAAAGGCAACGGAGGAUUUUAGUGGCAAGUAUUGCAUUGGGAAAGGAGGAUUUGGAAUCGUGUACAAGGCGUUGUUGCCAACAGGCCAAGUGGUUGCAGUUAAGAAACUUGGUAUGUUAGACACCAGUGAUGUUCCCAUGUCCAAUCGCCAAAGCUUUGAGAAUGAGAUUCGUGUGUUGACGGAUGUCAGGCACCGGAAUAUUAUAAAGCUACACGGGUUCUGUUCCAAGAAAGGAUACCUGUACUUGGUUUAUGAAUAUGUAGAAAGAGGUAGUCUGGGGAAAGUUCUGUAUGGGGUUGAAGGGAAAGUAGAGCUGGACUGGGCUGAAAGGGUGAAAAUUGUGCAAGGACUGGCUCAUGCAAUUGCUUACUUGCACCAUGAUUGCUCACCACCUAUUGUCCACCGGGACAUAUCCUUGAAUAACAUCUUGCUUGAGGAAGAUUUUGAGCCGCGCCUCUCGGAUUUUGGCACUGCGAGACUGUUGAAUCCUGAUACUUCCAGCUGGACCACUGUCGCUGGGUCAUAUGGGUACAUGGCUCCAGAGCUUGCACUCACAAUGCGAGUAACAAAUAAAUGUGAUAUUUAUAGUUUUGGAGUGGUGACAUUAGAAGUCAUGAUGGGAAGACAUCCUGGUGAACUCUUAACUUCUUUAUCUUUAUCAAAAAGAUUAACGUUAGAAAAUUCAACAUUGUUUAUGAAGGAUUUGUUAGACCAACGGCUCUUACCUCCCACUGGCCAAUUAGCAGAAGAAGUGGUGUUUGUGAUUAAUGUAGCAUUAGCAUGCACACAUACUACCCCGGAGGAGCGACCUUCAAUGCGUUUUGUUGCACAAAAAUUAUCAGCAAAGACACAAGGUUGCCGCUCUGAACCGCUGGGAUGAUAACCAUAGACAAUCUAACAAGUUUUUAAAAGCAGAACGAGAUGUGUUGAGUGGAAAUUUGGGAUUGGCGAUGACACUGCCAACUAAAACUCAUAUUUUUCAACUAUUUUAAUCUUCCUUUCAUCGAUCUCUCACCAGUCAUAUAAAAUUUGAUAUUGCAGUUUUAUCACAACAGAUCACUCUUAGAUUCACAAUUGUCAAUCCUUUUUAUCAUUUUGUCACUUUUGGUCAUCAUCUUUGCCGCCACUUGCAUUGUUUAUCAUUCUCAUUUUCUGCCAUUGUGAAAUUUAGUUUAUCUUUGUUGAUUAGUGUUAAUUCGAUUUAAAUUAA